GGGUUCCCAAUUCCCAUAUUUUGCAUUCGCAUCAUUCAAAAUUGAGAGAAAAAAAAUGGAAAGCGAGCGUAUCCGACCACCCCCCUGCACGUGAAAUUCUAACCACAGCCUGCGGUCGCCAAAAUUCUAAUCACUCUUCUGAUGAUCUAUUUCUUGCGCGGUUACCAAAAUUUAUAACGCACGCUCAUCUCAAUUAUACUUCAAUGUUUGGCUCCAAAUAAAAACUGUUCGGAUGCAGCGAUGCAUCAGUCAGUCGGUCGGUUUACGCUACGCAGCAAAGAUGAUUUCGAAUCAAGUCAAAUUCUCGGGUCACUUCUACGAGCCACAUGUUCCGUUAUUUGUGCCAAAAGGCGAUGGUGGCGUUUUCUACGAAGAGCCGGAACAUUUCCUACCGGAUCGAUACAGGCUCAUCGGUUCGAGCCUGAUGAAUCGGUUCGGUGCUAACGCGAGUGUUCGGAUUCCAGUUAGAGACAUUGUAGCGCCCAAUAUCGAGUUCGCCAUGACCAUCCCUCGGCGGGGAGAUUUUUCGCUGUUCAAUCGAGCCCAUCGGCAGGUGGCCAGUCAGUUGAUUGAGCUUUUCAUGCAGCAGCCGGAUGCGGAUACACUGGCUUCCGUUUCCGCUUACGCAAGAGAUCGUUUGAAUGCACCACUCUUCCAGUACGCGUUGUCGGUGGCGCUGCAUCACCGUUUGGACACUGCUGACGUUACGGUACCAUCGAUUCUGCAUACCUUUCCGGACCGAUUUAUUGAUCCGGCAACAUUCCCGCGGUUAAGCGAGGAAGGUCGUAUCGUUAGCCAAGGCGAUCGGAUGGCCGUCGAUAUUCCACUAAACUUCACAGCCAGCGACAAAGAACCAGAACAACGUCUGGCCUAUUUCCGCGAAGACAUUGGCGUGAACUUGCACCACUGGCAUUGGCACUUAGUCUAUCCGGCCGUGGGACCUCGGGAAGUCGUCAACAAGGAUCGCCGUGGCGAGCUUUUCUACUACUUUCACGGUCAGAUGGUGGCGCGCUAUCAAGCGGAACGGUUUUUCAACGGUCUUGGGCGGGUAGCACCGCUGAAUAACCUGAGAGCACCGAUCCUGGAGCCGUACUAUCCGAAAAUUUUGAGGACCGCUAACAAUAGAACGCACCCUGCACGGUACAAAGGAAUGGUACUUAGCGAUGUAAAUCGCAGUGCCGAUCAAAUCAAUAUCACAGUGGCAGAAAUGGAGCUACAGCUGAGCCAGAUCAUUCAUUCCAUUGAUAGAGGAUUCGUUACCGGUCCAAACGGUGAACAGAUUUCGCUGAACAACCCAAGAGGUAUCGACGUUCUUGGAAAUAUUUUCGAAAGCUCCAUCCUUAGUCCCAAUAUGGAUUUCUACGGAGAUGUGCACAACAAUGGUCACAUAAUGAUCGCAUACAUCCAUGAUCCCGACGGCACUUAUCAGGAAAGCUACGGAGUUAUGGGAGAUACAUCCACGGCCAUGCGAGACCCAAUUUUCUAUCGUUGGCAUAAGUACGUUGACCAAAUUUUCCGGAGGCACAAGAACUCUUUGCCACCCUACACGUUUACGGAGCUUGUGAACCAAGGCAUCACACUACUAAGUUUAGAAACAAGACUGCAGCGAAGAGGCUCACCUCCAAACUUGUGGUUAACCUUUUGGCAACGAUCCCAGGUAGAUUUGGGCACCGGACUUGACUUUGCACCCGAAGGUAACCUGUUCGUUACGUUUACUCAUCUUCAACAUGCUCCGUUCCUGUAUCAAAUUCAGGUCGUGAAUAGCGAUGACAGAAUUCGUUUCGGAACAGUUCGCAUUUUCCUAGCCCCGAGAAAUGACGAGAAAGGACAACCAUUAACAUUUGAUGAACAACGUCUCAAUGUCAUCGAAUUGGAUAAUUUCAGAGUAACACUCAACCCCGGUGUUAACACCAUAAUGCGCAGAUCGGAGCAAUCCAGCGUGACCAUUCCAUACGAACGAACCUUCCGCAACAUAGCGCAGUCAAACGAAAUGAAUAGCGAGCAGUUCCGUUUUUGCAAUUGUGGCUGGCCGUCGCAUAUGUUGAUUCCGAAAGGAACCGCCGAAGGAGUCACAUACGAUCUGUUUGCAAUGAUUUCCGACUUUGAUGGUGAUGCGGUGGAUGUGCAAUUCGAUGAAAAUCUCGUUUGCGACGAUUCGCAUUCAUUCUGUGGACUGCGUGAUCGACUUUAUCCGGAUGCACGGAACAUGGGAUAUCCUUUCGAUCGCCGUCUGUCUGCUGGCGUCAACAGUUUCAUUGACUUUGUGGCCCCAUUCGAUAACAUGACAGUGACCACAGUGAAUGUUAGAUUUACCAACACUGUUAUAGCUAGGACUUGAACGGACACAUGAUGAGCACCUAUUGUAGUGACCAAUUUGUACUUAUGAACAAGCAACACAACAAUCAAAUAUAAUAUGUUAUUAUGCAAUAUUUGCAAAAAUACAA